AUGGGUGAUCAAUCACUUUUGUAUUAUAAGUUAUUUAUAAGUCAGUUAGUUUCUGCGAGUUUAGAGAGUGGUAGUGACGGUGGAGCCGGUGAAGCAACUGGUCUCUUUGAUGACGAUAUCUCCAGUAACAGUUUGUUUCGUUAUGAAACAUUGAGUUUUAAGAAUGUUUGGAUUCAGGGAAACGUACAGCUAUUCGAUACCGAUGAAGAAGUGUCGUCACUCGAUGCCAAUGGCUCUAAUGACCAGCUACUCAAGAGUACAUCGUCGACAACCACCAAUUCAGAUCUGACCAGAUUCAUGCUGACCGACGAGGAGAACAACGAUCUCUCCUAUAUCAUGGUUGUCAAACCGGCAUCGAUUCUCACCAUCGAUAUCGUAGCUAACCAGUAUAUCCUAGUGGCUGGCACUCUAGUGCAUGACAUCGACGAAGACAUUCGAUUCAUUCUCAUCGAGAAGAUGGCUGACCUCUCCAGUAACGCUCAGAUGCACAAAGAUCUAUGGAAGUUAGAAUUAAAUCAUAUACAAUCUAAAGUUUAUAAUAUAUCUAAACCAAUUAAUAAUAAUAAUAAUAAUAACAAUAAUAAUAAGAGUAAUAAUAGUAUAAUAAAAGAAGAAGACGAUGAAGAUUUUCAAUUCCCUGUGGAUGAAGAUGAAGAAGUAGAUCAAGAUGUUAGUAGAAUAGAAUGUCAAGAUGAAUCUAGAUAUAGUUUUCAUAAUGAUGAAUAUGAAGAGGUCAUCGAUGACAUUGUCGAACAACAAGAGGAAUCAAUAGAUAAACAACAACAACAACAACAACAAGAACAUUCAGAUAUUAGUAUAUCUGAUAAUACAUCAACUUAUACUUAUGACGACAGUACUACAACUAACAAGAGUACACUGUAUAAUAGUAGAACAAACGAUACAGAGAUAUCAGAGGUAUUCAGUUUUGAUGAAGAUAGUAACAGUAGCACCAUUAAUAAUAGUAGUAUAGCAAAUAAUACUACCAAUACCAAUACCACUAAUAAUAAUAAUAAUGAAAAUAGUAAUAAUACAAUAUCAACAAUGAAUCAAACAAAAGAUGAUGAGGAAUUUAAUGAUGUAUUCUUUGAUGACGAUGACUCUACCAAUGGCGCCAAUGGUGGUACAAGUGGUGGUGCUAGUGAAAAUGCUACCGGUGACUAUGACGAUGGUUGGAGUUAG